AUGAGGUGCUUUUUGGUAAUCUUGACUCCUGGUUGUGGAGCAUUCACGACUCCGACGUUGAAGGCAAAUGAUGGCUUCUCUGCUGUGGUGGUUGGGGAAGCUGGUCCGGAUGUGGGUGGAGUGAGGAAGGAUGGUGGUGGAACGGAUGUGUCGAUGAGGAGUGGAACAGCCACUUUGAAUCCUGGCUUCGGAGCAUUGGCAACACCCAUGUUGAAUGCAAAAGACGGAUUUUCAGCGGUGAGCGAUGGCGAGGCUGGUCCGGAUGUCGGUGGUGUGAGGAACGAAGGUGGUGGUACGGAUGUGUCGAUGAAGACCGGAAGACGGAAGGAAGGUGGGGGAAUGGAAGUGUCGAUGAAGAAUGGAGGAGAUGAAAGUGAGUUGGCAGCAGAGUCCUGUGGAUUGUUGGAAAGUAGAGGAAGUUUCUCGGCAGUCUUCCGUGGAAAGAUAUCAUCUGCUUCUUUGCAAUCCUCGUUGCUCCCAAAGCAUUUCCAGGUGUUUUCCUCAACUUCUUCGGGAAGUUCUGGGAAGAGCACCUCGUUGAUCACUCUUCUGUGUUUUUUGUUCACUAACAACGAGAACUUGUCGGCGUCCAUGAAGAAGUCCAGACUGAUGUCCCUUUUCUCUUCUUUAAUUGACAGAAAUUGA